AUGACCACUAGGACCACUAGGACCAACAGGACCACUAGGACUAACAGGACCACUAGGACUAACAGGACCAACAGGACCAACAGGACCACUAGGACCACUAGGUCACCAGGACCACCAGGACCACCAGGACCACCAGGACCACCAGGACCACCAGGACCACCCGGACCACCAGGACCACCAGGACCACUAGGACCAACAGGACCACUUGGACUACUGGGACCACUAGGACCACUAGGACCACCAGGACCACUAGGACCAACCAGACCACCAGGACCCCCAACUAGCUGUAAUGAUGCUUUUUCCAGCUCUGUGCAAUAUGGGUCUCGACCCCGCCCUGUGCAACUGGGUACUGGACUUCCUGACGGG